CUGGGAACCUUAAUAAUUCUGGUGUUAGCAGGGUAGUGUUGAAUGUGCUAUAAAAUGACAAAUCUGUGAAGAUUGAACCGAAGAAAAAUCAAAUUUCAUAGUCUGUCGUCAGUUACUAUUCUGAUGGAGGUGAAAGACGCAGAGAGGAUUGUUAUAGCCAAACCAGUUGCUUCAAAGCCUACUUAUUCCAGUUUUAGGUCCUUCUCACAGCUCCUUGCAGGUGCCAUCAGCGCAUCACCCUCUAACACAUGUCCUGAUGCAGCAGUCACUGCAAUCAAACCAAAAACAGUGAGGUUAAAGCCAGUGGCAAAUCUUCCUCCAGUCGGGGUGAUUUCUUCCCAGAAUGGCAUAUCUGGAGCUGCGAUAGUUAAUUCAUCUGACCAGGUCCAAAAAUUAGAGAGCAAAUCCACUGUGGUCUACAAACCCCGUGCGAAAGUUGUCUCAAAGACUACUGUUUCUCUCCUUGCAAAUUUGGUAAACACUAAUAUUCGUCACCAACAAACAUUGUCCCAGGUUGAGGCCUACGUUCAAUCUCCUAACGAAGUCAAACACCAUUUGAAAUCUAACCUUAGCUUGAAUCUCCAUCAGGAUUCAGAAUCACAGUUAGAAACAAAGAAAGCAGUUGAGGCCUCAACCAUGGCAUCAGAGAACUCGGAAGAGGAUCAAAAGUCUUCACACCCCCCAAAUAAUGGGGUUCGGCCUUCUCAUGAUGGAUAUAAUUGGAGGAAAUAUGGACAAAAGCAAGUUAAGGGUAGCGAGUUUCCUCGAAGUUACUACAAAUGCACACACCCCAACUGUCCAGUGAAAAAGAAGGUUGAACGAUCACUGGAUGGACAGAUAACAGAGAUUGUUUACAAGUGUGAGCACAACCAUUCGAAGCCUCAGCAUCUUAAGCACAACACAUCAGGAGGACAAGGGCAAGCAUUUGUAUUUGAUGGCACUGGUCAAGAUACAGAUAACCCAUUUCGUAGUAAACAACUCAGUGAGAGGAUUGAAGGUUCUCAAGGCAAAGGAUCAUCUGUCAAUUCAACCUCUCCAGACAAAGCCUUAUUAUGUGAUCUUGCUACAGCUGGAACAUUCAAAGCUGGUAUACCAGCUCCUGAUAACUCUUGUGGUCUGAGUAGUGAUUGUGAGCAAGGAAGCAAGGGAAUAGAAGCAGAGGAUGCUGAACCCAAAAGGAAGAGAAGGAAAAACGAAAAUCAAUCCCAUGAAACAGGCAUAUCGCAGGAUGGUGUGCAAGAUCCAUGCAUUGUGGUGCAAAAUUCGGCUGAUUCUGAGAUCACAGGGGAUGGCUUUCGCUGGAGAAAAUAUGGACAGAAAGUUGUGAAGGGAAAUCCAUAUCCCAGAAGUUACUACAGAUGCACCAGCCUCAAGUGCAAUGUGCGCAAGCAUGUCGAAAGAGCAUCAGAUGACCCAAAAGCCUUUAUCACAACAUACGAAGGAAAACAUAACCAUGACAUGCCAAUCAAAAGCACAACCCCAGUGGCAUCUGAACCAGCUUCAAAGCACAAAUAAUGAUUGAUUCCUAUGGGGAAAAAAGAUUGCCAACCCAGCAAUUGAACCGACUAACUCAAGUAGAUGGAAUUCAUAGGCACUGGAAAUGCUCACCAACAGCGGUCCACUUCAGAAUAUCAAAAUUUCUGCAAAAUUUAUGGUGCAAAAGCCUCAUCAUAGAGAGGGCUUUGUGUGGGUAAUUAAAAUUAUCAAUGGGAGAUUUUGUUCCCUUUCUACCUAUUGUUACUUAUUUUUAGUUUAUCAGUAUAUUUGUUAUACCUUGCAACUGUUGUUCACUUCAGUUUUCAUAAGAUAUAUAGAGUUGCCU